AUGGCGAAAGGCGACUUUUACGCUGUUGCGGCAGGACGAUCUACGGGCAUUUUUACAACAUGGGCUGCGUGUGAAGCGCAAGUAAAAGGCUUUACUGGCAGUAAAUACAAAAAGUUUAAAACUCACGACGAAGCACAAGCGUUUGUAUGUGAGAAGAAGAAGACAAAGAAGACGGAAAAGUCUACCAGUCUACAAGGUUUUGCUGGAGCACAAGCUACUGCUGAUCAGGACGGUCCAUUAACCGUUACUACUACUUCAUUUACAUUAACAGAAAAUCCGUCGUAUGCAGUGGCAAAAAAGAGGAAGACAAGAGAUUGGCAAACGUCGGAAGAGACGACGAACCACGUGAAACAUUUAUCCAGUGUUAGUUGUGAGAAAGUAUCGUCGAGAGAGCAGGUUGGGACGCUUUAUGCGACUGCUGCUACAGGUCAGGAUGAUUACCUGAAUCCAAAGGAUCCGACUACUUUGGUGGCCUUUUGUGAUGGAAGUGCCCUGAAGAAUGGACGGCAAAAAUGUCGUGCGGGUUAUGCCUGUAUUUUCCCACACUGUGAGGAAUGGAAUGUGGCCAAGCAGCUGGUGGAAGCGUGUGCUACAAACAACCGAGCGGAGUUUAUGGCUGCUCUGGAAGCUAUGCAGCGUGCGAACGCGGAGGACCCGGACAAGUCUCGACUGCUUUACAUUUUCUCAGACAGUAUGUUGUUGAUUCGAUCGAUGACGGAAUGGGUUGGUAUCUGGCAAAAGAACAAUUGGACCAAGUCAGAUGGCAAGCCUGUCCAGAAUCGUGAUCUGCUGGAGCUGCUGAUAGCGGAAAAAGGCAGUCGCUGCAUUUGCUGGAAACAUGUAAAAGCUCACACUGGUAAGAAUGACUGGAAGUCGAAGUGGAACGACGUAGCUGACAAAGCGGCGCGAAAUGCCGCAUCUAGCGUUGAUGAAGUCUAG